AUGCAGUUACAAGCUUCUUCCCUCGCUCAAAAUUUACAAGCCAAUAACGGUCUCAAAGAAAUGGUUGUAAAAGCUAACGAAAAUACUACCACAAGCAAUUCUACCACUUCCGUGCAAAUGACCUCAAAUAAUACCGGUGCAGUUGCUGCGGCAAACGGCGAUCAAGAAACUUUCAUACCUCAAAUGCCACAACAACCCCAAGUCAAAAUUACAAAAGGUGGUAACUCGGUACCAAAUUUUGAAUACGUAUCUUACGAUCGAGUUCAAGAUUUAUACGAGCAGAAUAAGGGGACCUUGUAUUUCAUUCCGGAAGGUUUUGAGCCCGUCCUAGUUCCCAAUGACGCAAAAGCUCAAACCGUCACAAAUUUAUUGGAGAAUGCGAAACCCGUAUCAGCUGCCCCCAACGUUCCUAGAAUGUUACCUGAUACCGAUGUUCGUCUUCCGUCAUUCGCCCUCCCAUGUGGCGUAGCCGGUCCCCCACCAAAAGCUGCUUCAUCAAACGCAAAGACAAAGGUCAAGAAACCACCAAGACCACCAAAUGCUUUCAUCUUGUACCGUAGAGCUAAACAACCCGGUAUCGUCGCUAGGCAUCAAGGAAUUACCAAUAAUGAGGUUUCAAAGGAGAUUGGUAGAAUGUGGCAUGAAGAACCGGCCGAAAUCCGUCAAAAGUUUCAAAGGAUGGCCGAUGCCGCUAAGCAAGAACAUAUGAAAAAAUACCCUGAAUACAGAUAUCGUCCAAGAAGACCACAAGAAAGGAAGCGCAGGAUUCAACCACGUGAAGAUUCACCAUCAGGAAGUAGUGCCUCGCCUACUUUGCCCACGCAAAGUUUACCAAUGCUUGAUACUAAUGCAUAUUACCCAAGGCGUAUCUCCUCAAUGUCAGCCGAUGGUGAAAAUUCAGAGAUUUAUACCCCCACCACCAUGAAUUCGUAUGAUGGCAGUCCUAUAUCGUCAACAAACACAACUUUUGUUAAUACCCCUAUGACAACAAAUCCUGGUGGCAUAGAUUUUAACGUAUUUGAUGCGUCACAAACCGGGUCGAACGAUGCUGUAAAUUUUAUCGGCUUGGGUGACUUUGACGCUUACGAUCAGUACGAAAAUAUGGCUGCUCUCUCUUUUAUUUCCGCUGAUGAUCAACAAUACCUUCGUAACAAUUCGCAAUUCGUGAAAUUCGACUACUAA